GCGGGCGGAGGGAGCGGGCGGCGGCGGCGGAGCCGGAGCCGAAGCGGUCGGCGCUGGGGCAGCGGCUGGCCGUGCCCGCCGUGCCUUCUCCUUCUGCGAGCUGUCAGGAGAGUUUAAAUCGGGUCUCGGCGGAGGUGCGCGGUUUGCAAGAAAGGACGUGCUUCUGACUGCUUCCCAGCUCCCGGUUGUGCAGGAGGCUCCAGAGGCUGGCAGCAUCGUUCGUCUCUCCCUCGAAACAGAAGAAUGCGCUCGGUCGCGCUUCUCAGCAGCUCUGCAGCCUGUGGAGAGUGUGGGCAGUUUCUGUAUGCAGCAUCCUGGAAAAUGUGCAUUCUCUUGAAGUGAUCUGCCAGAAAGCACGUACUCGUACAGUUGUUCCAGCCCGCGCUGUUGCCCUGCUCUCAGGGUCUGAAAUGCCUGCUCUCUGAUACUGCCCGGGACUCGCGUUUCGCCUGCCAAAGAGACUCUUACCUGCCGCGCUUGUCCCGAGAACCCUCAGAGCAAGGACGCUGAAAAUGGCUCUGUGUGCUUUCUAUGCCCUUUGGGGUUUGCUGCUAGAAGUGGCGAUAGCGUUUGGCCCAGUCCCGAGGAUCACUUGGGAGCACAGAGAGGUCCAGCUAAUACAUUUUAAUGAAUCAAAAGUGUCAAACUAUUCAACCUUGCUGUUAAGUGAAGACAAAAAUGUUCUAUAUGUAGGAGCCAGGGAAGUGAUCUUUGCCUUAAACGCAGUGAAUAUUGCUGAGAAGCAGCACGAGCUACACUGGAAGGCCGCAGAAGACAAAAGGACUAAAUGCGCAGUCAAGGGCAAAUCAGAACAGACGGAGUGUCGUAACUACGUGCGUGUCUUGCAGCGGCUGAAUGAUACUUUUCUCUACGUGUGUGGAACUAAUGCGUUUCAGCCAACAUGUGAUUACGUGAACUUAACUUCAUUUGAACUUGGAGGUAAAAAUGAGGAUGGUAAGGGUAGGUGUCCAUUUGAUCCUGCUCAAAGCUACACAUCUGUUAUGGUUGACGAGGAGCUUUAUUCUGGGACUUCUUACAAUUUCUUGGGAAGUGAACCCAUUAUUUCACGGCACUCUCAUCAGAGCCCUCUGAGAACAGAGUAUGCAAUACCUUGGCUUAAUGAGCCCAAUUUUGUUUUUGCUGAUGUGAUAAGAGCAGAUCAAAACAGCACAGAUGGAGAAGAUGACAAGAUAUACUUCUUCUUCACCGAGGUGUCUGUGGAGUAUGAAUGUAUUGGAAAGCUGAUGAUUCCAAGAAUAGCUAGGGUCUGCAAGAGGGACCAAGGAGGAUUAAGGAUCUUGCAGAAAAAAUGGACGUCCUUUCUCAAGGCCAGGCUGAUUUGUACCAUCCCUGAUAAGAAUUUAGUUUUCAAUGUUAUCAAUGAUGUUUUUAUUCUCAAGUCUCCGACUUUGAAGGAACCAGUGAUAUAUGGAGUCUUCACCCCACAGCUGAACAACGUGGGGUUGUCAGCAGUGUGUGCAUACAGUCUGUCUACUGUGGAAGAGGUUUUCUCGAAAGGAAAAUACAUGCAGAGUGCUAUAGUGGAACAGGCUCAUACAAAGUGGGUCCGAUACAAUGGGGAAAUUCCUAAUCCUCGGCCUGGGGCGUGUAUAAACAACGAUGCCAGAGGGUCAAGCUACAUGAGCUCGCUGAAUUUACCAGACAAGACACUGCAGUUUGUUAGAGACCAUCCUCUGAUGGAUGACUCGGUGACCCCCAUGGGAGACAGACCUCGGCUGGUGAAGCAAGACGUGAAGUACACACAGAUUGUAGUGGACAGAGUCAGAGCACUCAAUGGCACCAUGUAUGAUGUGAUGUUCAUCGGUACAGAUCGAGGAGCCGUGCACAAAGCCAUCAGCUAUGAAAAUGGAAUGCAUAUUAUUGAAGAAACACAGUUUUUUCCAAGUUUUGAACCGGUCCAAACUCUCUUGCUUUCAUCCAAAACAGGCAGAAAAUACCUCUUCGCUGGCUCAAAUUCUGGAGUGGUUCAGUCUCCAGUGGCAUUCUGUGACAAGUACACCACUUGUGUUGACUGUGUUUUAGCAAGGGAUCCUUACUGUGCUUGGAAACCCCUUGAAGCUUCCUGCACUGACAUUUUUAAGGAAGGUGGAACUGAAAGGAACUGGAUUCAGAACAUAGGUGGAGAUGCAUCUUCUUGUUCUGAUAAAGUAAGAGAGAAUCCCCUACAGCAUACAUUCAAGCAUGGGAGCACAGCAGAACUCAAGUGUUCUCAAAAGUCCAAUCUGGCACAGGUAGUUUGGAAGUUCAAAGAUGAUGUGCUGAGAGUGGAGAGUCCCAAGUACCGUCUGCUGGAAAAGGCACUGCUCAUCUUCAAUUUAUCAGAAGGAGACAGUGGUGUUUACCAGUGUUUGUCAGAAGAAAAAGUGAAGAACAAGAAAUUCUCUCAGGUGCUGGCUAAGCAUGUUUUGGAACUGAAAAAAAUACAGCACACCGUGGCGGGCCCCACCGCAGCAGCCGCGCCAACAGAAGGUAAUAGUGAUGUGCCCAGAGCGCCAGCCGUGUCAGCCGAGGGCUCUGCUGCUCACACCUCGACCACUCACAUGGUACCAGUGACGACAGCAAGGAUAGUAACAAAGCCCAUUGGCCCUGUCCUAACAAGUGUAGCCUCCAACACCGAGCUCUUCAACUCGAUCCCCGACGCGGUCCCAGAAAAGACGAUGUUCCUCAAGUCGAACGACAACUUCCUGUUGAUGUUCCUCUUCCUCUUCUUUUUCAUUCUCUUUUUGUGCCUGCUCUCCUACAACUGUUACAAGGGGUACUUGCCGGGGCAGUGCUUGAAGUUCCGCUCCGUCAUGCUGCUCGGCAAGAAGAAAACCAAGUCGGAUUUCUCCGACUGCGAGCAGAGCGUGAAGGAGACGCUGGUGGAGCAGGGCAGCGUCAGCCACCAGAGCGGGGAGCAGCCGAAGCCCGCGCACGACACCGGCUACGAGACGGAGCCCGACUGCGGGAACAGCCAGCUGCAGGCCGGGGACUCGCAGGCGUCCCGGGAGGCCAAGGACAAGCCCUUCGACGUCAAGUCCUCAUCUCCUAUACCUUUCCCUCCUACUGGUACCUCCUUUUUGUCCUGUGUGGGAAGUGGUUCUCCUCCUUCACCCACCAGUACCCAGCCUGAUGUUUGGUCUAGCCCAGACCCCAUAAAGGUCAUGUUGUUGCCACCUUUCCUAAGUGACCAGACACAGCAUGUCAGUGUCCGGCGACCGUUCCACCUCUUCUGCCAAGCCACAGUGAAGGAAGGAGCAGUGUCCUAAAGUCAGCCCUGUGGGAUUCACUCCUCAGGAGGUGCAUGUUGGAAGAAAGUGUCACAACCAGCUGACAUCCAAGAGAUGCAGAGGUGGCACAGGCAGGGCCAAGAUGCCCCAGCUGUGGAAGCGCUUCUGAUUCGUCUCAGGAAGCAGUGAAAGACCCAACUUUGUGUUACAGAUUUGCUUCCUUUGGGAAACAAGGCAAUUGGCUGAUGCAUCACACACUCCUACCCGGAAUUACAACUGUUGUCUGUUGAUAUAACAAAAAAACACCAAAACAACAAACAACCCCUCCCCACACACACCCCCCAAACCAACAAAUGCAAACCAUCAUACUGAGCUGAUGCAGAUGUUUUGCAUCUCUCUGCAUGUGAGGAUGGAUGUGAUAAAUGAUACAUUUAUCCUGAGUGGGGGGUGGCUAUGCAAGUGCUCUUGCUAGGAAGGUCUGUGCUUGGAUUUAUUCACAUUUCUUCGGUGUCUGCUGAUACUUCUUUAUAUGAACAUAGCUGUAAUGGAACUUUAUUUCCCUCAGCUAUGAAUAUAAGGAAAAAUGUGUUCACAAGGAGCAGAAGGGCUAAGUGAGACUGGCAGAGAGUUAAAUGUUGUGCCUGCUUGUCUGCAUAAGGGAUGUGGUAUCAGCCAUACACUGCAAAUGCACAGGCUGUCACAUCAUCCAGUCAAAAACCUUAAGCUUAUUUUGAAGCGAGUUUCUAAUGUUAUACUAUGAAAACUGGCAAAUCUCUUCCCUUUUUUCUUUUUUUUUUUUUUAAUUGUGAAUGUCCUCCUGAAGAAGAAGGAAUAAAUCUGCCUGUACAGCUUUUCUCCCAGCUCGUUUCUCCCCUGAAGAGUCCCACGUUUCUCCAGAGACCUGCCCGGUGUUUGCUCAUGGGCAGACAUCAGUCUUCCUGUAUACUCCCUCUACUAGAGUUUUCUCUCCCACUGCAGAAUUUUUAAGCCCUUUACAGACAUUUUAGGCGAGGUUCAAAUAAAUUGAGUGAAAUACUACACCAUCUGGCUCAGGGAGGGAGGGGUAGCUGGUGAUGUAUUAUGCACCUGCUUUACAGAUUGAUCUGGCGUGCUCUGUUGAAAUUAGGUACAGUAGGAAGAGGCUUUUCCCAGCAGUUUUGGUUCUGCUUGGAGAUGCUUUAUUGACCCUUCCUCCUCCAGUAUUAGAGUAGUAUAUCCGUGUUUGCAGCUUUGCAGACAAACAGUUGUGCUGAGCAGGCGUUUAAUUGCUUUGAUAAUAAGAUGUGAACCUCCAUGCGUUAUGUGAACUUCUGCCCUGGAGAUUCAGACCCUCUGUGUCUGGUCCCCUGUCUCCCUUAGUUUGUCUGCAGCUGAAGUUUUUACGUAAUGGAUUAUUUUCAGUCUUGGUGAAAUAACCCCAGGAGUGUGAACUAUAAAAGUUCUGUGAAUGUGCUUUAAAGCAGUUGCUGUUCCAUGGAUCUACUGAGAUGGGUGUCUGAUAACACCCACACUCAGUGAGGAGAUGCUGCACAUCCAGGGCAGAGCGAUCCUGUGUGGGGAUGUGCUUUGUGUUGGAUAAAAUGUUUGUGUAGAACCACAGCACUUAAAUCACAGCAGGCAUCUAGGGUUGUUACUUAUUUUUACUCCUACCAGAACAUAAAUACCAAAGAGCAGUUUUCCAUGAGCGUAUAAACUUGUGGUUUAUAACCAGUUGCAUUUGGUGUCUCUCGAUGUAAAUUGUGGCUGUGGACAGAUGCAAAGCUACGUUUUUGAAACCUGAAAAUGUUUUAAUUAGUAGCCUAGAAGAGAUAAGCUCUGCAUCUCUCAAGACAAUUCAGUCCACUGAACAAAUACUUUAAAACUUUAUAAAAUUUCUAAAUUUUUUUGUGCAGUAUAUUUUGAGAUUUUGAAGCAAUGCCCUUGACUUUAAUCUGCAUGCUUGCUUAGUAAUCCCUGCUCGGUUUAUCCUCAUGGGAAUGCUAAAUUUGCACCUUGUUAAACAAUUCCAUAUCCCACUUUAUGGUGCCCUGUAAGUGGUUAUUACUGUUGUAGUGUGCUUUAAGCAUUUCAAGCUGCAGGUGUGUCCCACACCCAUCAGUAGGUGUGCAGAUCUUGCUGCCUGCAUCACCCAUCAGCAGAGGGCUUGGCUAAACUGAGCCCACUGCAAGGUUUUCAAAGCUUCUCCCUGGAACCAGGGCAGAGUUUGAAGAAGCCACCCUUUUGAGGAAAGAUAAAACAGGCAGUAUUCUGGAUUUAAUAUGCACCUGAUUUUGGGAAGACUCCAAGGGUGCAGGUCAAAAAAAGGUUUUGCAGAAUCCAUGCCAGCUUUUGUAGUGUGACUGGGUAGGUAUAAAGUCAUAGAAUCAUGGAAUUAACUGGGUUGGAAGAGACCUCCAAGACCAUAAAGUCCAACCCUCGAUCCAACCCCGCUGUGAUUACCAGAUCAUGGCACUCAGUGCCACAUCCAGCCUCGUCUUAAAAACCUCCAGGGACGGUGAAUCCACCACCUCUCUGGGCAGGCCAUUCCAAUGUGUGAUCACACUCUCUGUAAAGAACUUCCUUCUAAUAUCCAACCUAAACCUCCCCUGGCACAGCUUAAGCCCGUGCCCUUAAAACACAUUCUCCAAUUUCCUUCAGUUUAUUUUUAAAUUCAGCAAAGUAUCCUUGUUAGCUGAUAGGAGGGCCAAAGAUAAUUGUGCAAAGUGGAAUCUGAUUUUUUUUUCCUGCCAGUCUGUAGUUCAUUUAAUUUUUCUUCGCAGGCAGUUACCUGGGUCCCAAUUUCUGGGCUCACUCAUAAAUAAACACUGUUCCUGCUGGGGAACACACUGACCAGUUGAGUUUUCAUCUAAGGGGCAAGUCAGGCAUUUUCCCAACCUGCUCUUAAAUGCCACUGUGAGAAGACAGGUGCAGUGUCCCACUUCCAUGGGGUAUUUUAUGGAAGCCCCAGCAGUUUGAAGGAGGAGUGUGUUGUGCGCUCCUCAGUACGAAACGCUUGGUGUUGGAAGCAAUAUUCUGGCAUUUCAGGUCUGUUUUCCUUGACCUUUUAAAGUGAUUCUCCUGUCAGGCUUGCCUUCCUGAAUGCACUGCCCCUACUUCAACAAACAAUAACAAACCACCAAAACACACAACUACGGAAAACCCCACUCCGGUUAUAGGAUGUACAGGCUGUGUAACUUGCACACUUAUUUUCAGAAAACUGCAAGGAUGCUUGUCUGAGUUUAGAAAAUCUUUCCCCACUUUUCCAGUAGUUACCCUCUCAUGGCUUCAUGUACUACUGAUUUAUUAUUUUGGGAGCUUAGCAGCAGCCAUGGCUCAGACUCCUACAGAUCAAGACACUCUAACCAGCCUUAAAUCCUUCGUUCACAUAUGGGGUAGUGCUGGUUUUAGUGCUCCACAUUAAUGACUGACUGACCUUUUCCUGGGCUAACUUUGUUUUAAAAUAACCUUCCUGCAUCCAGGUAGUACUGCCUACUUACACCUUAACCCGUGCUCCAGGUGAGAGCUUCCCGUAUGAUCUUGGUUUUCAGAAAGCUGUGAUGUUUGCUUCGGUAGCACUGAGCAAAGCCCCAAGCUAGAUGGCAAGCAUUAAAUCCACAUGCCACUUUAUUUUUUUUCCAAUCUGCUGCCCAUGGAAAGGGUUUUGGUGUGUGCAGGGUUAUAGAGGGGAGCCUUUCCUCCUAAACCUAAAUUUCCAGUCACUGUGGGGAGCCUCUGGUUAGCAAUUCUAUUUAGAUUAUAUGGAUUUGUGUGAAAGACUUUUUGUUACCCUGAUGGAAUUUCUCUGUGGGAUACCUGUGGGUUAUCAUCCCUGGAUUUCAAUUUACUGUCAACUUGGUAUGAAUUAGGUUAGCUGGAGAAAGCUUUAAGAGGUUUAGGCUUGCAGGCAGCUCCUGCUUUGUUUUACCAACUCCCCUCCCUCUAUCUUGGGAGUGUUUUUCUGAAUAUAGGGAAGCCUUGUCCUAGUGCUACCCUUCAAGAACCAUCUUAAAAAUCCAGGUAAAGCACAUGCUAAGCCAGCAGCAGUGGGGUGGCACCGCUCAGGGUUUCACUGAGAGCUUGGCUGGGCUGCUCUGGAAAUGCCUGCACAGCCCUGCACGUCUCGGUGUUCGGCUCAAGGGGCGAGCGUGGCCACUGCUCCCUCCCCCAGCCUUGUGUUGGUGAGCUCUCCUUUAAUCCGUAAUCUCCUCAUUUCAAAUUGGUUAUCUCCAGGCUGUCUUGAAAUCCCUGUGUCUGUUGGGAUGUGAUGUGUAUGUGGGAAAUGCUCGAUUCGGUCCAGUUUAUCAGGGCACACCCCCAGGGGCUGCUCUGGAUCUGCAGCUGUGUCCUUCAGUUCUUUAAACCUGAUUUUAUUUACCAGUUUGUUUUACCCUCAGGUCAGAUUUACCCCCGUAGCUCAGUGAACACAGACUGUGGGAGGAGCUUACAAGCAGCUGCACUGGUUUAAGUUUUUAUGCUGUGGCUGCCUAAUUUGAUUUUUUUUCCUCAUGGAAAACACUGAUGAAAAAUCAUCUGGGUGUUAAAUACAUGGUUUGUGCAACCCAGCCUGACUUGACACAGACCAGAGAACUCCUCCUGCCAGCAGAAACUUAACCUGGACAGUUCCUGGGCUGUUCCUAUCUCGGCAGUGCCAUCUCAUUCAAACUACCGAAAGCAGAGGUGUAGAAAAUGAGAUCUGUAUGGGAAAGAAGAAAACACUUCCAUAGACACUGGAAACUGUGGAGGGCUUAUGCAAAAAAAA